UUUGGAAUAAAGCUCCUAUGAUUAAUGAAUUGGCUUUUGAAGCUGUUGAACAAACAUUCCAAGAUACGGAUGUUUUUUCUAUGAUUAAACUCAAAAGGUACGCUGUCAUCCCAGAAUCUGGAUGGCUUUACUUUUCAGAUUUAGAAAACCUUCAUGAACCAUCUUAG